AUGUGCUCUAUAGAUAGGCUAUUAAAGCAAAAUGGGCAAAAUAUGAAAAAAAAGCUCGAAGCCAAUACAACUUUUGAGAAAGUAACUGGUUAUGGACUUUUUGGGUAUAGGACUGCAUAUGAUGAAAUGUGUUUGAACAAACUUUUGUUUCACAAGUUUCCCGAAUUAGAGAAAGUCGUGAUGAUUAAAACGCGAUUACUUGUAAUCAUUCGGAACGACAACCCAGCAGUUACGAUUGAGUGGGAGUGUGUGACUGGUGGAAGUGUCGUUAUUGUCUCGGCGUACUCCGGGAUACGUGCCACACUCACUUUCGGGGAAGUGACAACAGUACACCACAUACUUCUGCCUCCAUGGUUGCCUUCUCAGAAAUUGCCCGUGUAA